AGUCUUUUAACCUGGAACCAUCAGUCCUUGGCUCUCAGAAACGUAUUGGAAGCUGCAGGUUUGCGUGAUUGACGACGACGGGGGCUUGAACCAGUCGCCUCUCGCACGUUUGGAAAGUAUUUGGUCGGAACAAACAAGGAGAUUUUGUCAUGGAGGGGCGGCGCGUGAAAUACGCGAGAUCAUCUAUUUUGCCCAAGCACCGCUUCAGGUUUUCCUUCUUGCUCUCUCUUUUCAUUUUGUAUUUCUACUCAUCGCUUUCUCUCUUAUAUCUACAUGCAAUAAUUCUCUUACCUUUCAACCAUGUUGCACGGAAACUCCGUCAGGAUCCUCACGGGGAACAGUCACCCCGAGCUCGCCAAUGCCGUGGCUGAGCGGCUCAACGUGACUAUGACACCCUGCACUGUCAAAAAAUUCUCCAAUGGCGAGAUCAGCGUCAAGAUAUCCGAGUCCAUUCGAGAAGAAGACGUCUUCAUCAUCCAGUCUGGGUGUAGCGACGUGAACGAUAAUCUGAUGGAACUCCUCAUCCUCAUCUCUGCCUGCAAAGGCGCCGCCGCAAGACGUAUCACUGCUGUCAUUCCUUGCUACCCCUAUGCCAGGAUGGAUAAGAAAGCUAAGUCAAGGGCUCCUAUAACCGCCAAGCUGGUGGCCAAUAUGCUCGCUGUCGCCGGGUGCGACCAUGUCAUCACCAUGGAUCUACACGCAAGCCAGAUCCAGGGCUUCUUUGACUUCCCCGUAGACAACUUGUAUUCCGAACCCUUGAUGAUUGCCUACAUCAAGCGCAAUAUCCCCGACUGGCAGAACGGCAUCGUUGUCAGCCCUGAUGCUGGCGGUGCAAAGCGGGUGACAGCUAUUGCAGACAAGUUGGGUGUCGAAUUUGCCCUCAUUCACAGGAAACAUUCCUCGCCAGAGAAAGUCGAAGUACUUGUAGGCGACGUGCGGGAUAAGGUCGCUAUUGUAGUGGAUGAUAUGAUCGACAGCGGGCGUACGAUUUCAGUAGCAGCCAAGUCCUUGAAGGAACACGGUGCGAGAGCUGUAUAUGCGAUAGUUUCUCAUGGACUACUAUCGGAAACGAAAAUGACCAUGAUCGAGGAGUUGCCACUCGAGCAACUAGUGGUAACUAAUACUAUCCCUCAGAAGCAGCAUGCAGAAGGUUGCUCAAAGCUCGUCACAAUUGACGUGAGCCCGACCAUUGCGGAGAGUAUCCGCCGGACGCAUAAUGGCGAAAGUAUCAGUUUGCUGUUUGGCGAGUGGGCAGAAGGCGCGGGUGCAUGAGGAUGAGCUUAGAGGUGCAAGAAAAUGUAAUUACAUCAUUGUCGAUAUGAUAUAGAUUCUCCGAUACACAGAUGCCAUCACGGAACGUCUUCAAUUGCAUUCCCCCCGGAGCUGUUCAGCACCUGGGUUCUUCUCUCG